UUGAUGGAUUGUUACACAGCAACUUUUAAUAAUAAUUCUGUAGCAGGACUGUCAUAGGUGCAGAUCUUUUAAGUAGGUAAGAUGGAUAUAUUUAACGAAACAACAAAUGGUACAUCAUCUUCAUCAAAUUAUUUAAAUACUUUCGAUAAAGCUCUUGUUGGUAUCUUCUCCCUAAUAUUUUUCGUCGGUGUAUUGGGUAAUUCCUUCGUUAUUUAUGUUUUUGGUGCAAAAUAUAAACACCUGUGCUCCAAACAAGAAAUUUUGAUAUUAUUAUUGGCUGUGGUAGAUUUGAUUGCGUCGAUUGCAAAUCCAGCUGUCUUUUUAUACUAUAUAAUUACAAAACAUGAAAGAUGGGACUUUGGAGAGGCUGGUUGCAAGAUUAUUCCAUUAAUAGGUCCUGUGGCAACGAGUUUGUCACAGGGAAUUAUCUUAAUCAUGGCACUUGAUCGCGAUCGAGCAAUUGUUACGCCUUUAAAGAGUUCGUUUUCAAGAAAAACCAUCUACAAAGCAGUCGCUGUUGCGUUGCUACUAUCUAUACUGUCAUAUUUUGAUUUUACCUUGUACAUGACAACACGUGGUACAAAAACAUGCUCAGCAAGUGGUUCUACUUUGCUAGCCAACGUACCACGAGUCUGCCACUUUCUAAUAAGUGACCUUGUGUUUUUAAUAAUCUUUGUUGUCACUAUUUUGAGAGUGUAUAUUGCUUUACGGAAAAAACAUGGAAUGGGGUUUGAUGAAGUAACGGAAAGAAAUCGAAAAGAGAAAAAUAAACGAACAAUGCGUUUGCUGUUGACGAUGGGAACUGCUUUUGCGUUAUGCAUUUACCCAGGAGAUCUAUUUCAACUGGCGUACUAUUUUUCUCUGGUGGUACCUCCUAAUAUUGUAUUCGAUCAAAAACUGCUUAACAUUAACUCUGCGCUGAAGGUCUUCCACACAGCAAAUAGUUGCGUUAACGUAUUCAUAUAUGCGUUUAUACAUCCUAAAAUGAAGUUGGAAUUAAAAAGACAAAUUCGCAGACUAACAUUGGGUAGGAGAACAGAUAACAAUUCUGAAAUGAAAGGUGGACAUGUAGUUACUUCAAACAAAACUAUAUGCAAUGAACCGAAAAACGCCAAUUUGGCAUCUCCAACAAUCAAUGAAAUCGCUUUCACUAGGAUUGAUCUUGCGAAAAACAACGAAAAUGUCAUUGACAACAAUAAUUCCUGUGUUACCAUGUUAUCCGUUGCGUGAGGAUAUAUGAACCACAAGUGUGUCUGUGUGAAUCUUAAAAAUCCUAUUGCGUUGAAACUUGCUCCUAAAAUUCUUUUUAAAAGCUUUGCUCUGAUUUGCCAUUGGAAAGUU